AAGGCGGGACGAGGGCGUCCGGAGCUCGGUGAGGAGAUCUGGCCGAUCCCCGCCACGGGAUGAGCCGAGCGCCAGCGGCGGUUAUAUUACCUGCUAGACAUCCAUCUACUGGCCGUCGGCUGGUUUUCGCCACUGCGAGGGAUUAGUUAUCUCCGACCUCUCCAUUGAAUAGAGUUGGGGGCGUGAGCUCGCCGGCUCUGCGCUCCGUCCUCCCCCUUCACAGGUACGUUACUCGGCGGAGAAAGCGCCUCGGGGGAAACUCUGCGGCAGGUUUCUUCUCAGAAAGGCAGGAAAGCGCCAAGACCCGCUUCAUAUUCAGACCAUCCCCGUGCAAGCGCUCCCUUCUCCGUUGUGCUUCGGAUUCGAAGAGCUGAGUUUCAUUUUGGUUCAGUCCCCCCUCCCUCUCCCUCCCCUUUGCACUCUUCGCUUCCAUCCCGCCGUUAUAAGUGAGGCUGGAGGCAACGACAAAAGGAGGGGAGGCCCGAGCCCAAGGAGAGGUCCGGCACAAGUUAACAAAAGGUGUUGUAAUUGAUCUGUCUGGGACGUCGAGAGGCGGCGCCUGACGGAGGAAGAGAGGGGACGAGUGCAGGAGAACUGGGUCAACGCUAUCCAGGCAUAACUACUUCAUAUCGGAGCUAUCUCCCAAGAUACACACAUCCUUGGUGCAAAAGGUUUGCCAAACGUCUGCCUUGACCAGUUGUGGAUCAAAUGCUCUUGUGUUUCACAAAAAUCUUGUUACCUCUAGAACAAGUGGCACAUGCUUGCUGAUACUGCUUGAGGCUGUUGGUGUGUUUUCCAAUCCUUCCUUGCAGCUGUUGCAGGUUGCCUGAUUAGCAACCAGGCCAGAACCUCUGGAAGAUCAUGGAUGACUUUGAUGUAAGAUCUGCUGCUAGCAUUCUAGCUUCGGUUAAAGAACAGGAGUCCCGGUUUGAGAAAUUGACCAGAGCGCUUGAGGAAGAGCGUCAUAAUGUUUCCAUGCAGCUUGAGAGGGUCAAUAUUCCCUCAAACAGAGGAAGUAUAUCCAACAUUGGCACCAGUGAGUCCUUUGCGUGGCAGCAACUAGUGUUACAGGAGCAAAGUCCAAGUAAUCAGACAUCAAAAGCAACAAUGCAGGAGCCACACGAGCUGGUGGCGGAAACGGUGACUGUUGAGGAGGACCCAGGCACUCCCACUUCCCACGUGUCCGUGGUGACAUCAGACGAUGGAACGACAAGGCGAACCGAAACCAAGGUCACUAAAGUGGUUAAAACUGUGACCACGCGAACAGUGCGCCAGGUACCGCUUGGUCCAGAUGGUUUGCCCAUGGAGGGUUCGUCCCCUGCAGGCAGUUGUACAGACUCCAUCGAUAGAAGAUACAUGAAGAAUGGGGAUCGUUACAUCACUCCACAGGCCAAUUCCACUCUGAGUAGAGUCUACAACAGUUAUCCAGAUUCGUACGAUAAUCAUCACGACUUGUAUCGGUCCUACACUGGCCAGGAUGGGUUUGCCGAUGUAUCUGAUAACUACGGGAGCUUGUCGCGAGGAGUCCAUUACCGGCCUCGCUAUGCCUACAUGCCACGUGACAACUACAGGCCAGAGGAAAGUUACACGCUGCCGAGUAGAAACAAAUAUCCGAUCGCCCAGCCGCAAGUGCAGCCAGAUGGCACCCUGGACAUGAAUCGAUCCCAACCAGAGCGUUUCCAGCCAGAGCCGUAUGGACUGGAAGAUGACCACAGAAGUCUCGGACCUGACGAUGAUGGGUACGAACUAGACGGGGAGCCUGAUUACUCCACGGCAGGUCGAAGGGCACCCCCAAGGGCCAACGGAAGGAGACCAAGGAGAGGCUUUGAAGAUCCGAUUGAAGCUGAAAUCAUAGAUGACAGGAUGCCGUAUUUGACCGGGGUGUACAACGCCCCACUCGCUCAGCCGGAGAGGGGCAGCAUGGCCAGCCUGGACAGGCUUGGCAGACGCUCGCCAUCCAUAGACAGUAUCCGCAAAGACCCCAGGUGGCGCGAUCCUGAUCUCCCGGAGGUCAUCGCGAUGCUCAGCCAUCACCUCGACCCCGUCAAAUCAAACGCCGCAGCCUACCUGCAGCACCUGUGCUACGAGAACGACAAAAUCAAGAAGGAAGUGAGGCAGCUGAAGGGCAUCCCCAUUUUGGUCGGACUUCUGGAUCACCCGAAACCAGACGUCCAUCGCCGGGCCUGCGGUGCCCUGAGGAACAUCUCUUACGGCAAGGACCACGACAGCAAAGUUGCAAUCAAGAAUUGCGAUGGGAUUCCUGCCCUGGUCCGGUUGCUACGGAAAACGAACGACAUGGAAGUGAGAGAACUAAUUACAGGUACACUGUGGAACUUGUCUUCCUACGAGCCGCUGAAAAUUGUGAUCAUUAAUCACGGGCUUCAGACUCUAACGAAUGAGGUCAUCAUCCCUCACUCAGGCUGGGAGAACGAACCCAACGAAGAUUCCAAACCACGUGAUGCUGAGUGGACAACAGUCUUCAAAAACACGUCAGGAUGUCUGAGGAAUGUGAGCUCUGAUGGAAGCGAUGCUCGUCGCAGGCUUCGGGAAUGCGAGGGUCUGGUUGACGCGCUCCUGCACGCACUGCAGUCAGCGGUGGGCAAGAAGGACAUGGAUCGCAAGUCAGUGGAGAAUUGUGUGUGUAUUAUGAGGAACCUCUCCUAUCAAGUACACAGGGAGGUUCCAGGAGCUGAUAAAUUCAGAGAACCAACAGCUGAUCAGCAACCGGGAGGAGGGGGUGCUCACAAGAAAAAGAAAGACGACUCUGGCUGCUUUGGUGGAAAGAAGGCGAAAGAGGAAUGGUUUAAUCAAGGCAAAAGGAAUGUGGACACUGACAAGAACUUUGAUACUCUGGAUUUGCCAAAACGUAUAGAACCAGUGAAAGGCUACGAGCUGUUGUACCAACCCGAGGUGGUGCGUCUCUACCUGUCCUUGCUCACGGAAAGUCGAAAUUACAACACGUUGGAGGCGGCGGCAGGAGCUCUGCAGAACCUCAGCGCUGGACAAUGGACAUGGUCCAACUACAUUCGUUCGACUGUGCGGAAAGAGAAAGGUCUCCCCAUCUUGGUGGAGCUGUUGCGAUCAGACUCCGACAAGGUUGUGCGAGCCGUGGCCAUCGCCUUGCGAAAUCUCUCUGUGGACGGCCGCAACAAGGACCUCAUAGGUAAUUAUGCCAUGCAUGACCUGGUGAGCAACCUGACCAGUGGACAACAAAGACCUGCCAAGAACCUCGAAGAGGAUACAAUAGUCGCAAUCCUCAACACUAUCCAUGAAAUUGUAACCGACAGUUCAUCAAAUGCUCGAUCCCUCAUUCAGGCACAGGGCAUCGAAAAGCUUGUGGCAAUCAACAAAUCAAGCCAGUCAGUGAGGGAGAUGAAGGCUGCAGCCCAUGUCUUGCAAACUGUGUGGAGCUACAAGGAGUUGAGGAAUCCUUUGCAUAAAGAAGGUUGGAACAAGUCCCACUUUCAGCCAAAUGUCACUACACUUCCCAAAGGAGCUAAAACUGGUGGCAAAUCCAGUGGCUAUGAUGACAGCACCUUGCCAUUAAUUGAAAGGAACCAGAAAGAUGGUAACAAAUGGUCUGGUGAAAUGAUACCCAUGGAGCAGUUUGGGCCAGAUACGUAUUCUACAUUGGAUCAGAAGGAGAAAGAGCGCAAAUAUAAAACCACGGAUAUUUCUGGGGACGCGUAUGAACGUCAGCCAUUGCGGAAUGAUACAAAUAAGAGAGACAUUGACAGGAUUAAUAGGGCCUCAGUGAAUCUUGUGGAUGCCCAUGACACUAAACCUCAACCCGUUGACUCCUGGGUCUAAGUGCAAACAUGGCAUGAAAAGCAGCUGUCACGCAACAUCAUAGAGGAUCUCCUGUUUCACCAUUGCCGUUCGAUUUGGAAGACUUCAUUUCACUGAAGCUAUCGACUUAAUUGACAGAAGAACAGACAAUUCCCAAUGUUCCUAUUUUAAAAUGCAACAUGUUUCCAGGGGUACAAAGGGCAGGGGACGGGAUGGGAUGGGCGAAUCUGAGGUUGCAAAUCAGUCUCCACAAACGUGAAAGCCCAGGGCCAAAGCUGAGCUUUAGUGUGGCUGGCUGCAUUAAUCUUCAAGAGGGUAAGGUGAAAGUUGAUGAGAGAAAGUGGUAUGGAGAAGGGAACAGAAGCCAAGAGGGUGUUUCUUUU